AUGGCACCUAAAAAAAAAUCAUAUAGUUUAGAAACAGAAUUAGUUUUAAAUAAUUCAAAUGAUCAACAUAAUGCUUCUGUCGCUCCAUUAUAUCAAUCUGCUACUUUCAAACAGCCUAGUUUAUCGAAUAUGGGUGAAUAUGAUUAUACAAGGUCGGGUAAUCCAACGCGAACUCAUUUACAAAAUCAUAUGGCAAAAAUUAUGAAAGCAAAACAGACUUUUGCUGUUAGUUCCGGUAUGGGUUGUUUAGAUGUAAUAACUAGAUUAUUAAAACCUGGAGAUGAAGUUAUUGCUGGUGAUGAUUUAUAUGGUGGUACUCAUAGAUUGUUAAGUUAUUUGAAUAAAAAAGGCGAUUUAAUUUCGCAUCACUAUGAUACAACAAAUACAGAAUUAAUUAAAUCAAAAAUUAAUAAUAAUACAAAAAUGAUAUUUUUGGAAAGUCCUACAAAUCCAUUAAUUAAAGUAGUUGAUGUUAAAACAAUAACUAAUUAUGCUCAUCAAUUUAAUCCAAAUAUAAUAAUAGUUUUUGAUAAUACAAUGAUGUCCCCUAUAAAUAUGACUCCAUUAGAUUUGGGAGUUGAUAUACAUUAUGAAAGUGCUACCAAAUAUUUAAAUGGUCAUCAUGAUAUUAUGGCUGGUAUAAUAGCUGUUAGAAAUGAUUUAUUAGCUGAAGGAAUAUAUAAUAUUAUAAAUUCAACUGGUUGUGGAUUAUCACCAUUUGAUUCAUGGUUAUUAAUGAGAGGUUUAAAGACUUUAGCCGUUAGAGUUGAAAGACAACAAGAAAAUUGUUUAAAAGUUGCGAAAUUUUUACAAAAUAUUGGAUUUAAAGUAAGAUAUCCAGGUUUAAAAUCACAUCCACAAUAUGAAUUACAUCAAUCAAUGAGUAAAGGUUUUGGUGCUGUAUUAUCAUUUGAAACUGGUUCCAUACCAUUAAGUGAAAAAAUUGUCGAAAAUACUGAUAUUUUCGGUAUUGCGGUAUCAUUUGGUUGUGUAAAUUCAUUAAUAUCAAUGCCAUGUAAAAUGUCUCAUGCAUCAAUAGAUUCAAAAACAAGAGAAGAAAGAGAAUUUCCUGAAGAUUUAAUUAGAUUAUGUAUUGGAAUUGAAAAUAGUGAUGAUUUAAUUGAUGAUUUAACAAAAGCUUUAUUAAAAAGUGGAGCAGUAAAGAUAAAUAAUAAAGAUGAAUUGUUUAAUGCUGUACUUAUCCAACCAAAGUUGUAG